ACAACAGUUGUAUUAAACAAAUUCAAUUCAGUUCAAUUCAAAACUAUUUUAUUGAUCCCAGAGUUAAAUAAGGUAAACAUGCAGAUCUUUGUGAAGACCCUCACUGGUAAGACCAUCACGGUGGAGGUGGAGCACGGUGACACCAUAGAGACCGUGAAGGCUAAGAUCCAGGAAAAAGAAGGCAUCCCUCCUGACCAGCAGAGACUGAUUUUUGCUGGCAAACAGCUGGAAGAUAGCCGGACCCUGUCCGACUACAACAUCGAUAAGGAAUCAACCCUGCACCUGGUCCUGCGUCUGAGGAGGGCAUGAAGAUCUUUGUGAAGACCCUCACUGGUAAGACCAUCACGGUGGAGGUGGAGCACGGUGAUACCAUAGAGACCGUGAAGGCUAA